GUGGCUAAAAAGGCAGACGCACUGCAGCAGCAAAAUGGGCGCCACAGCCUCUUGCAGGAAAUCCACAGGCUAUCCUGAUCACGAUGAUGCAACGUAUCGCAAGUGCCAGGAGCUGAAGAUGGAGCGCUGGAUACAGAUGCAUUACCAAAUCAAGCAGCGGGAACAGGCCCUGGCGAUUGCCCAGCAUCGCGAACUCUUCUACUGGUUAGGCGGUUUCUAUUUAAGUGCCCUCUACGGGUGUGCCAGUUACUACCAACGGGUGAAGCGAGUCUCGGCACUGGCCCCACUCGUUCCACUGACAUUCAUAAUGGGCUACUACACGGACUGGGCCUAUGGCAGUAAGCUGCAUCGCAUCCAAGCCGAGGCCAAUAUGAUAAUGGAGCACGAGCAGGAGCUGCUGCAUUGGCCUGGAGGGUUGCCAACAGUGGCGGGCAUCGAUGAGGCGCGCGUUGAGGUCGAAAUGGAGAAGAAAAUGCAUCCGCACCAUUUGUAGGUGUAGAGGAACACAUCGGCAAUGCCUGUUGCAAUGCCAGAGACAAGGGUUUGCACAAUAUAUAUUAGAGGUUACUGCAUGAAUGCACCAGCAAGGUAUUCAUCGGAUGCACCCAAUCGCAUUAAUUGAUGAGAAAUUUUAUUAUGAUUCAUCUCUAGAUAUUUAUUCAUUUAAUUGCACUCACUUGUGAGCAUCCAUUUACAGAAUUAAGAUGCGAAUAUAUACAUACAUGCAGUAGAUUGCAACGAAUUCGGAACCUCGCAAAGCAUUACAUAGGGAAUCAUAACAUCGUUAGAUAUAAUGCCAAAGAUCAUUCAUAUAUGCAUUCAAUAAAUACACAGAAGGAGAGAGCUUUAGCAUUGGAGCCUUAGAACAGAACGACCAACAGAAUAGAUAAUCGUGUUCAUUCGGUUACUAUUCAUUAGAUUAUUCAUUUUGUCUAUCAUUUCAACUUGUUGGACAAAAACUUAAUGAAUGCAUUCCUGCAUACCUCUAAUGUGCACAUGGGCGGCCGCUUUAUGAUCGCAAAAAUCUAUUAAGGAAAUAAGUAUUCCCUAACCUUUUAAGCGCAAAUACAAAUUUUUUUACUCGCUCUCCUCUCUUGUCUGUGUGUGUGUGUGUUUCGAUUUCAGCAAUUUUUUGAGACAAUACUCCUUAUAUAAAUAAAUAUAAAUUUAUAUAUAUACGACAUAUAGAUAAUGAUUGAUAUAUUGUACUUGUCUUGUACACAUA